AUGAGAAAGACGCCGAAGGAGGGGGGAAGAUAUAUACCGGCAAUAAGACUUGGUAACAGAGGUCCGCUCCACAACGUCGUUGCAAGGUACAAAAAGAGUUCCAGUCCAGUCCCUUCCCUUGACAACACAUAUGCCUAUCAACAUGGGUUCACGACAAUGGGCAGCUUUCAGCCUUCUGUUUCUGACAUUAGACCCAUUCCCCCCGAGAUUGGCAAUCUGACAAACCUCACCGUCCUAUGGAUCUGCCGUUAUAACCUUUCGGGAGGGAUCCCUCCCGAGAUCGGUAAGCUGGGCAACCUUACGGAACUGAACCUGGGGUAUAACAAUCUGACCGGGGGUUUGCCCUCAGAGGUAGGCGGGUUAAUUAAGCUCCAAAAGCUGAAUCUUAAUGGGAACCGACUCUCGGGACCCAUCCCCCCCAACCUCGGAAACCUGACCAGCCUCACAGUGCUAAACUUGGGAAGAAACCGGCUGAACGGCUCUAUUCCGGCGGCUUUGGCGGGAAUGAGCAGCUUACUCGACCUGGAACUGUAUGAAAACAACCUGACGGGGCCUGUCCCAGUCGAACUUGCAAACCUGUUGCAGUUGACCGUCAUGGGAUUGCAGUUUAACCAACUGAGCGGGGGGAUCCCUCCGGAGUUUGUCUCGCUCACCCAGCUCACGGCUCUUGCGCUGCAAAACAACCAGCUCUCAGGGCCGAUUCCUGCAGCGCUAGGGAACAUGGUCAGCUUAACCAACUUGUUUUUGUGGAACAACAGCCUAUCCGGCAGCAUCCCACCAGAGUUGGGUUCCACAACCCGGUUAACGAGCAUCUUCCUAAACAACAACUCCUUGUCGGGCCCAAUUCCCCCAACCCUCGGUCAGCUAACCAAUCUGCAGUACCUGGUUCUCGAGCGAAACAACAUAUCGGGCUCCAUCCCUGCCGAGUUGGGCGCGCUAACCAACCUGUUAACCCUCUCUCUGGGGAAUAACCAAUUGUCCGGCCCCAUCCCCCCACAACUCGCACAGCUAACCAGCCUUAAUGAGCUUUACCUGUUGAACAACAACCUGUCAGGCCCUAUACCCCCCCAACUAGGCAACCUCGCCGAUCUGUCCGCUCUGCUACUCAGCCAAAACCAUCUCACGGGCCCGGUUCCGCCAGAACUAGCAAACCCCCUGGGGCUGAAAACGCUCACGCUCUUUCGCAACAACCUGACCGGGACGAUAUCCUCCGGGUUCCUGGCCCGCUUCGGAUCCGACAACGUACUACCGGGUAACACUGGUCUCAGCGUCACGUCGACAAGCAGUCCCCCCGCUAACAGCCCCUCGAGUACAAUUCCCCCCCGGAGUACAUCCCCCCCCCGCCAAACCCGCCUUUCGUCUCCCCCCCGCCCGGAAACUCUGCCCCGCCGCCCGAAUCCUCCAGCUCCCCGGUCGGAAUCAUAG